GACCCUGUGCAAAAGCCAAGCGGUCUUCGCUUUCUCGUUCUCUAAGCAAAGAGAGAGAGGGUCUCGGAUUCCAAUCCCUAAUUAGGCAGAUCGUGUUUCCAAUUGACCAAUCGGAGGAAGAUUAACGAUCUGAAAUUGAAUCUGUUCAUUCUGCCUAAGCAAACUUGGAUAUUUUCCAAUGGACAAAGGAGUGACUCCUAGCCUCUUUGUUAAUGAUGGUUCAUUCAUGGAAAGGUUCAAACAACUUCAACAAGAGAAGGAGAAAGAUAAGGGUCCUACAGCAGACGAGUCUACACCAAGUAAAGUUGUAUCAGGGAGUUUGACUCCUAACCUUACCACUGGUAAAACCAGUGCUGAACUGAAGCCUAAUGAUACACGCAAGGCCGCAGCUGCUGCUUCAGGUGGCAAACUUGCUUUCAGCUUGAAACAGAAGUCAAAGAUUGUGACACCUCCUGUUAAGUUAGGUGCAGAUGAGGAUGAAGAUGAAGCAGAUGCUGCAAAUUUUUCAGUCGAUGCACCAACUAAACGACAAAAGUUGGGUCAGCCAGAUGCCUCAGAGGAAUCACCUGGACAAAUGGAUGUUGCACCAUCUUCCCCAAAUGAUUCAACAGUGAAGAUAGUUGCUGACAAACUAGCAAGUUUUGUGGCUAGACAUGGAAGGAAAUUUGAGCAUAUUACACGUCAAAGAAAUCCAGGAGAUACCCCUUUCAAAUUUUUAUUUGAUGAGAGCUGUGCUGAUUACAAAUAUUAUGAGUAUCAGCUUGCCAUUGAGGAGAAAGUCCUGCAACAGACCAGCGAUUCUCAAACAUCUCGUAAUGGAGGUACAAACAUGUCCGCUUCCAAAUCCACAAGUAGUUCCCAAAGGUCUACUUUGAAGCAUCCAAAUUAUCAAACUCCUGCCUCUGCUUUAUAUGACGCCACUGAGGGAAGGACAGGUGAGCUCACCGCGCCAACAGGUGCAGAUCCUAUUGCCAUGAUGGAGUACUACGUGAAAAAGGCUGCUCAGGAAGAGAGAAAGAGACAACCUAAACAGUCGAAAGAUGAAAUGCCCCCACCUGCUUCUCUUCAAGCACCUUCUCUUAAAAAAGGUCAUCACAUGGGUGAUUACAUCCCACAAGAAGAGCUGGAGAAGUUUAUGGCCGCUUGUAAUGAUGCAGCUUCACAGAAAGCUGCCAAAGAAGCUGCAGAUAGGGCAAAAAUCCAGGCGGAUAAUGUGGGUCAUAAACUUUUGUCUAAAAUGGGUUGGAAAGAAGGUGAGGGUCUGGGGAGCUCUAGAAGAGGAAUUUCGGAUCCAAUAAUGGCUGGUAAUGUGAAGAAGGACAAUCUGGGGGUUGGUGCUCAACAACCUGGAGAAGUGACUCCUGAAGAUGAUAUAUACGAGCAGUAUAAGAAGCGGAUGAUGCUUGGUUACCGAUACAGACCCAAUCCUCUGAACAAUCCACGGAAGGCUUAUUACUAAAGGAUUGGUUAUACUGUGCUUUUCCAUAUAUUUGUGAGAUUGGUUGUCUGAAGUUCAUUGGAAGUUGAACUACCUUAUGGGGUAAAAGGAGAUUUUGAUAGGUUAAUUUGGAAUUAAAUUUGUAUCUGAAGUCUGUUUUGUGAAUUAAUUAAUAAACACUGUUUAUCAUCUUUCUUUUAAUUGAAGAUAUUUAUUGAGUAGAACAAAUGGCAUUUUCACUA